CCUCGGCGCCAGCACUCGCGCGACCACCAGUGCUUGCUUGGUCUGGCCCGGCACGCGAGCUGCCUGUCGCCGGCUUGGAGACGAGAGGAAACCUGGGACCACUCUAUCUCCUGCAUCCCUCACAACCCCGCCCCUUGACGUUCUGUGCGGCCCGCCGCGCAGCACAGCAGUCACGAUGAACGACGACGAGAAGAUCUUGGACAUUUCCAAGAAGAUCGAGCGCGAAAAGGCCUUGAUCAAUGCUGCCAAUCUCAUGCGCCAGCAGACGAACAAUGAGGCCGUCCGCUCGAAGCUCGACACCCAGAUGCGCGAGGGGCGACGCAACCUCGAGUUCUUCGAGGAGCGGCUCCGCGAGCUGCAGAUGCGCCGCCUGGGACAGUCGGUCGACAACAUGUCGCUGAGCGGGUCUACCCUACAAGGCUCGGUCAGGAGUGCGGAACAGGGAGGUAAUGAGGCCGGAGCCCCGGCGCCGCCGCCCAAGGACACCUCCGGCUACGGGCAGUACGGCCAGGGUGAUCUCAUGCCGCCUCGCGGGCCGUUCUCGGCCCAAUCGCCGCACUCUUCGAUGCCCAAGGCUCGACCAAACUUCACCAAACUCGACCUCAUCAAAUUUGAUACCCCAUACCUGGGUCCACGCAUUCAGUUGAUGCUCUCGCAAAUCCAAUUCAAGCUCAAUGUCGAGGAGCAGUACCUCAAGGGAAUUGAGAAGAUGGUCCAGCUCUAUCAGAUGGAAGGGGACAAGAAAAGCAAAGCGGAUGCUGCCGCCCGGCGGAUUGAGAGCAGUCAGAAAAUUGUGCUGCUGAAGCAAGCGCUCAAAAGAUACGAGGAGCUGCAUAUCGACAUGGAUGCCGAUUCACCGGAUGAUGAUAGUAUCAACAUGCCGAAUCUGAGAAAGCCUCUGACCGGCCAGCUCUCCAUCCGCGUCCUCGCGGUCAAGGACGUCGAUCAUGCUCCGCUGAGCCGUUUCUCACGAGCGCCGGAGACUUUCGUGACCAUCAAGGUGGAGGACAACGUGGUCGCCAGAACGAGGGCGUCCAGGACCGACAGAUGGGAGGCCGAGUUCCACAACAUUUUUGUCGACAAGGCGAACGAGGUGGAGCUGACGGUCUACGAUAAGCCCGGCGAACAUGCGCUGCCCAUCGGGUUGCUUUGGGUGAGGAUAUCUGACAUUGCCGAAGAGCUCCGCCGAAAGAGAAUCGAAGCCGAAACGAACACGAUGGGCUGGGUAUCCGCGGACCGCCUGGGCUCUGCCCCCCGGGUUCCUCCGCCGCAGUUCCCCAUGGGCGCGCAAAGCCCGCAAUUCGCCGGGCCGCCGACGUCCCCUUCGACGCAGCCAAGCCCAGCCUAUACUCAGCCGGCGCCUGUGCAUCCUCCUGUUGUGUCGCAGCCGAUCGACGCCUGGUUCAACCUGGAGCCUACGGGACAGAUCCAGCUCAGUCUCAACUUCAUCAAGGAGAACAGGGCGCCCCGGCCGAUGGACGCAGGUCUGAACCGCAAGGGUGCUGUCCGUCAGCGCAAGGAGGAGGUGCACGAGAUGUACGGCCACAAGUUCGUCCAGCGCCAGUUCUACAACAUCAUGCGCUGCGCGCUCUGCGGGGACUUCCUCAAAUACUCGGCCGGCAUGCAAUGCGAUGACUGCAAGUACACAUGCCACACCAAGUGCUACACCAGCGUCGUCACAAAGUGUAUCAGCAAGAGCAACGCCGAGACCGACCCCGACGAGGAGAAGAUCAACCACCGGAUCCCCCAUCGCUUCCAGCCUUUCUCGAACCUCACGGCCAACUGGUGCUGCCAUUGCGGCUACAUGCUCCCGAUUGGCAAGAAGAACUCCCGGAGAUGUGUUGAAUGCGCCCUCACGGCACACGCUCAGUGUGUACACCUUGUCCCAGACUUCUGCGGCAUGUCGAUGGCCGUGGCAAACCAGAUUUUGGAAGGCAUCAGGUCGACGAAAAGGACGCGCCAAGAGAAGGCGUCGUCCAUGAGCGAGCGGACUCUAAGACCAGGGACCAAGGGAUCCGCAGGAAGCACCCAGACGGGAGCCGCUUACUCGCCGUCAUCCCAGGGUUAUCAACUUGCGUCUCCCGAGGCUACCGAAGCUGCCAAGCUCAUGUACAACCAGACUUCACCCCAGAGGCCUUCUACCGCCGGGACUUCGGCCGCCUCCAGCACCGCAUCCGCCGCCGCUGCCGCGGCCAUGAGCCCCAAGCCACCUACUCCGGCCCAGCAACAGGCCGGCCAGAUCCCCGAUUUCGGUCCUGGACAUUAUGGUGCUGCUGCUGGGUAUGGACGCCAGCAGGAUGAGAGUCCGUACGGCGCACCGGCGCAACAGCCGCAGCCGUAUGGCCAGCCACAGCAGCGGAAGUACAACCCGGCGGACUACGCCAACAUUGGAGUAUACCCAGGGCAGCCUCCAGUUCAGGCGCGACCCCAGCAGCAGGUGCCGCAACCGCAGUAUGCGCAGCAGCAGAUGUACCAGCCGCAGCAGCAGCAGCAGGCAGUCGCACCGCCGAAGCAGCAAGCGGUGCCGGCACAGGUGGAGCCGCAGCCGGCCGGUGCCACUGGAGUUCCCGUCCCAGCCAAGAAGCCGCUGCCGUCGGCAACGGAUCCCGGUACAGGGCAGCGUAUCGGGCUUGAUCACUUCAACUUCCUUGCCGUGCUUGGUAAGGGCAACUUCGGCAAAGUCAUGCUCGCCGAAACGAAGCGAUCCCGUAAGCUGUAUGCGAUCAAAGUGCUCAAGAAGGAGUUCAUCAUCGAAAACGACGAGGUCGAGAGCAUCAAGUCGGAGAAGCGGGUGUUCUUGAUCGCCAACCGCGAGCGCCAUCCGUUCUUGACCACGCUCCAUGCCUGCUUCCAGACCGAGACGAGAGUCUACUUUGUGAUGGAGUACAUCAGUGGUGGCGACUUGAUGCUGCAUAUCCAGCGGGGACAGUUUGGCACGAAGCGUGCUCAGUAAGUUACGAUGUUACCUCGAACUGCAGGUGCGGUACGUUAAUCAUGUC